GCUCGCUGCGUCCCAGCCGGGCCCGGAGCCCAUGGAGCGGGGGAAGAUGGCGGAGCUGGAGAGCCUGGAGUCGGCGGCGGAGCACGAGCGGAUCCUGCGGGAGAUCGAGAGCACGGACACGGCCUGCAUCGGCCCCACGCUCAGGUCUGUCUAUGAUGGCGAAGAGCAUGGUCGUUUCAUGGAAAAGCUGGAAGCCAGAAUUCGAAACCAUGACCGAGAGAUUGAGAAAAUGUGCAACUUCCAUUACCAGGGCUUUGUAGAUUCUAUCACGGAGCUCCUGAAAGUUAGGGGAGAAGCCCAGAAGCUUAAGCAUCAAGUGACAGACACGAAUAGAAAACUGCAGAGUGAAGGGAAGGAAUUGGUAGUAGCAAUGGAAGAGCUGAAACAAUGUCGACUACAACAGAGAAAUAUUUCUGCUACCGUCGAUAAACUAACAUUGUGUCUUCCUGUUCUGGAGAUGUACAGCAAACUGAGAGAGCAAAUGACAUCUAAAAGACAUUACCCUGCGUUGAAGACAUUAGAGCACCUUGAGCAUACGUACCUGCCACAGGUGAGCCACUACCGCUUCUGCAAGAUCAUGGUGGAUAAUAUCCCUAAACUGCGUGAAGAGAUAAAAGACGUUUCCAUGUCAGACCUCAAAGACUUCCUGGAGAGUAUUCGUAAGCACUCUGACAAGAUUGGAGAGACGGCAAUGAAACAGGCCCAGCAGCAAAGAAACCUGGAUAAUAUUGUAUCUCAGCACCCCAGGAUAGGUGGUGGAAAGAAAUAUAAGAGAGAUGUCUGUGCAACCUCAGAUCUGGAGGUGAAAAACACUAGCCCCAUGUCUGAACAGGAUUCGGGGAUCCUGGAUGUUGAAGAUGAGGAUGACGAUGAAGAGGUGCCUGGUGCCCAGGAUUUGGUGGAUUUCUCGCCCGUGUACCGAUGCUUGCACAUCUAUUCUGUACUGGGUGCCAGAGAAACCUUUGAGAACUACUACAGGAAACAGAGAAGAAAACAGGCUAGACUGGUGCUUCAGCCCCCCUCAAAUAUGCACGAAACUUUAGACGGCUACAGGAAGUAUUUUAAUCAAAUUGUAGGCUUUUUUGUAGUUGAAGAUCACAUCUUACAUACAACCCAGGGCUUGGUCAAUAGAGCCUAUAUCGAUGAACUGUGGGAAAUGGCUCUGUCAAAAACUAUUGCCGCACUAAGAACACAUUCAUCUUACUGCUCUGACCCAAAUCUGGUAUUAGACUUGAAGAACCUCAUAGUUCUGUUUGCAGAUACACUCCAGGGGUAUGGCUUCCCUGUAAACCAGCUGUUUGACAUGCUACUGGAAAUCAGAGACCAGUAUAGUGACACUCUGCUAAAGAAAUGGUCAGGAGUUUUCAGAAAUAUACUUGAUUCAGAUAAUUACAGUCCUAUACCCGUAGCUAAUGAAGAACUUUAUAAGAAGAUAAUAGGACAGUUCCCAUUCCAGGAUCCGGAGCUGGAAAAGCAACCGUUUCCAAAGAAGUUCCCCUUUUCUGAGUUUGUGCCUAAAGUUUACAAUCAGAUUAAAGAAUUCAUCUAUGCCUGUCUAAAGUUCUCAGAAGAUCUUCACCUGAGCUCCACGGAGGUUGACGACAUGAUUCGAAAAUCAACCAACUUGCUGCUGACUCGAAUGCUGAGCAAUUGUUUGCAGACUGUUAUUAAGAGGAGAAACACAGGGUUGACAGAGCUUGUGCAGAUUAUUAUAAAUACGACCCAUUUGGAGAAAUCCUGCAAGUUCCUAGAAGAAUUCAUAACCAAUAUCACCAAUGUACUCCCGGAGACUGUCCAUACUACCAAACUCUAUGGCACUACCACCUUCAAGGAUGCCCGCCAUGCUGCAGAGGAAGAGAUUUACACUAAUCUGAACCAGAAGAUAGACCAGUUUUUGCAGCUGGCAGAUUAUGACUGGAUGGCCGCUGAACCGGGCAGCAAAGCCAGCGAUUACCUGGUAGAUCUCAUUGCUUUCCUGCGCAGCACCUUUGCUGUGUUCACACACCUACCUGGUAAGGUGGCUCAGACUGCAUGUAUGUCUGCAUGCAAACACUUAUCCACUUCACUGAUGCAGCUGCUGCUAGAAGCUGAAGUGAGGCAGCUUACAUUGGGGGCCUUACAGCAGUUCAACCUGGAUGUAGAGGAGUGUGAACAGUUUGCCAGAUCCGGGCCAGUGCCUGGGUUCCAAGGGGACACACUGCAGUUGGCCUUCAUCGACUUGAGACAAGUAAGUCUUUGUGUUUUUGUUUUUUGUUUUUCUUUUAAGAUGUGUGACUGA